UUGAAAUCAUUGUUUUGGUGAAACCACACUCUCCUUUCUCUCUCUCUAUCUUGAUCUCUUUUGGUUGAACUACUAAGAAUCACACCAAUUUGAAGCAUGUCAGACCAAGAGGCUCCUCUGGUUAAUGGAGUAGAACACAUGACGUGUGAGGCACUUCCGUUUGUGGAUGAUGACUAUGGAGGUGUGAUUGUGGAGAUGAAAACUCCUAUGGAUCCUAAGUCAUUCGUUGCAGCGCUUAAAUACUCAUUCGCGCAGUGGCGUUUACAGGGUAAAAAGGGAGUCUGGUUAAACUUGCCUAUCUCACACGUAAACCUUGUUGAACCCGCGGUUAAGGAAGGCUUCCGGUACCACCAUGCUGAGCCGACUUACCUGAUGCUAGUUUACUGGAUUCCCGAAGCCGAGAGUACUAUCCCUUUGAAUGCUUCUCAUCGUGUUUGUGUUGGUGCUGUUGUCUUGAACCAUAACAAGGAGAUUCUUGUUGUGCAGGAAAAAUACGGUACGUUACGCGGAACAGGUGUCUGGAAGAUCCCAACAGGAGUUGUUGAUGAGGGUGAGGAUAUUUUUGCGGCAGCCAUUAGAGAAGUGAAAGAAGAAACAGGGAUCGACACAGAGUUUUUGGAAAUUCUAGCUUUCUGUCAAACCCAUGAGUCAUUUUUUGCCAAAUCAGAUUUAUUCUUCGUUUGUCUCUUGCGACCUACCUCCUUCGAUAUUCAAAAGCAAGAUUUAGAGAUAGAAGCAGCUCAAUGGAUGCGGUUCGAGGACUCUGCCUGUCAGCCUAUCACACACAAGAACGAUUUCUUCAAAGCAAUUCACCGCAUUUGCUCAAUGAAAAUGGAAAAGAGCUACACUGGUUUUUCCACAAAACCUAUUACAACUUUCAUUGACGACAAGUUAGGUUAUCUCUACUGGAAUAAACAAGAAGAAAUGAACAAUUCUAUUUCUUAAUUGAACUCCCUAUCAAGAUUAUACAAGUUCAAACAUCGUCAUGACUAAGAGAUAAUCUUCUGAGCCAAAAGAAAUGCAUGAGGUUCAGAUUUGGUACUCUAAAAGAGAUGCUGAAUUCUUCUUCUCCAACAAACAAAAACAGUAAAACACACAGAGUAAGAAGAGAUGGGGCUAAAUCCACUAAACAAUAAGUAAAUAAAUACUAAAUCUAUUUGAAUAUAAGUAUUUGAUUGUACUCAAAUGAAUCAUUAUUGUCUCUCUAUAUGACUCCUUCAUCCAUUUUUCCUUAAUGUUAGAUACUCUCAACUCUUCGAAUGCUGAUGUAUCCGGCCAGAAAUAUGACUGGCAUCUAUUUUACUUGUUUUGAGUACAUUCAUUUUUAUUAUUCCAGUAUUAUCAAUUUUUUUCUUUCUUUCUAACAACUGGAAAUUUGAUGUU